UGCUGUGAAGCUGAUCUAGCUGUCAGUGAAGUACUGCUGAGACAUGCAUCCAUCUCCAUCCUGCUGUUUCUCAACCACAGCGUGAUCCAGACUCUCUCGUCACAACUCCAUCCGACCCCGGCCGGAGCCUGGGAAGAGCCAGCAGCCACACACAGUGACCGUCUGAGGAAGGAAUGCAAACACAAGGCACCCGGAGACAUGACUGGCACCGAGGGUUUCUAGAAAAGGCAACAAUCAUAAAUAGCAAGAGUCCUCAGCUUAAAACGAGACAGACGGGUAGUUGGCAAGGUCAAAACAACUUGUCUGAGAGAUGACUGCUGGAAAAGUUGGAGGCAGUUCUCCCACAGACGGAGACAGAGACAGACACCAUGACAGGGCCUGGGACUGCAAGGAUUUGAUAACAGAGGUUAAACAAUGGAAGGACAUGAAAACUUCUCCAGCAGUCAGCAGGUCCUGUGAUGGAUUCUAAGGAGAGACCAGGUUUAACUGAUUCACAUCCAAUGACAGAUCCACGUGGAUGGAGUAUGAGGGUUUAAGUACAACCAUAUCUUCUUACCUUUACAGACAGAAUGGUAGAAGGAUAUUGUCCCAUCUCAGCAGGUCCAGUCUAAUCCAACCAGGAGAAAGGCGAGGUGCGGAAACAUCAAUCACAAGCUGUUAGGUACACAACAAUGAGGACAAAGGUGUAAAGGCGAAUAAGGAAGGCUUAUAAAUACAACAUAUGUAAACAGGCUAUGGACUGUGAUGUAUUAAUAAGCUUUAAACUAUCAAAGAAGAACAAGCUACAUCAUCACAAUGCCACUUUUUGUAUCAGUAGUGCUUGUAAAACUUUAAACAUCCUCGGGUCUCUAAAACAUUCAGAGAGGCAACAACAUGAUAUGUUACUUUUAAGUUAUUCUUGCAUAACAUUAUCCUGUGUGCUCAUAUUGAAAACCAGGCUAAAUAGACUAAUCAUACUGAAGGCCUGUUAAUACUUUCAGCCAUAAACAGGUUCAUGUUUCAUCAAAGCCGCUGUAGAUGAUAUGUAUUCAUAUUUUGUACAUUUGUGAUUACAUUUCUGCAGACGGCACGCAUGACAUUUGUUGAAACUCCCCUUUCUUAAUUUUAUUAAACCUGCACUUAUAAAAGUUAAAGGGAAGUGAAACACACUUGUUUGUAGUAGACACACACACACCCUCAUAGACUGUUCAGACUCCCUGCAGACUCAGUCUAUUUGCCUGGCAGAGUGGGGACACAGUACUUUAUUCAGGCCAAAUUACACCGCCGAGCAACAUUAUGCAUCCAGUAACCUACUUAGUCAACAGAGGAGGUCUCCUAACUGCACCAGGUGUCCGUCUCUGUUCCUGUGCCCUGUUCCUAUGUUCUUUUAACCGAAGCCAUUUCCUGCGCUGAAUACUUUUUUCAACCCUUGUUUAGCUGCUGGAACAUGUUCUGAACUUCUCUCUUUGCCUCAAAGUGAAACACACAGGAAAGCUUUCUGCCCCAUGCUUCUCUUCUUGUUCUCUUUUUAGAUUCCAGCUUACACUUGAAGUUAUUUUGCGCCUGCUACAUUAUCACACAGUACCUGUAAGAGCUAAUGAGGAACCAUUCUGGAGCACCUACAGCAUGCUGAUGUAUAUUCAGAGGGAACAGAGGAAGGGACAACCUGCUUAGUAACAUUUGCCUCCGUCAAAGGGAGAUCAAUGAACGUCUGAAUGCUACAUCAUUAAGCCUCUGUGAGAUAUUGAUCGGGAUGCUGCUGACUUUGGCCUCAGGAGUGCCGAGUGGCUCUUGGCAGCCACAAGGUGUCUCACCACUGCUCCUGUGGUCAAAACUCUGAAUGGACACUGUGCUGCUUUCUCAGCGGGGAUAUUUGAAUCAGGUUUCUUUUUGGGAUCCAAAGUUUAAAUAUUUUUAUCACAAAAGCCACACGACUUUUUGAACAGUCGGUUUUCUUAGUGGCCCUAUCACACAUGUUGCUCCUGAUGGAGAGGUCACUCCGCCCUGUGGCUCCAGCUCCCCAUGCUGACACUGAACAACACAAAGCAGGUUGUAUCGUUUAAUCAAAAGCUGGCCUGACCUCAACACAAACUCAUAUUUUUCUGAGCUGCCUGUGCGGGGAAGUUACAACAAUGAGCCGUACGCAGAACCAGAGUUCCUGCAAAUCCUACUGUAGAAUAGGCGGCAUAAACAGACGUUUCCUCCAGCUGCUGGUGUGCCAGCACCAUCAACUUAACAAGUGGGAGUAAACAGACAGUAGGAACACACUUUAUUGAAAUAAAUGUCAAUGCAUUAGUGUCUGUUAAUGUAAAGGCAGCUUAGUGAAGUGCUCUGCAAGAUAUAACAAGAAAAUAACCACAAAUGACAUGUUUGAUUUUGAGUUCAUGGUCCUUUUUCUUCCUUUUCUGGUCUGAAUAAACCUAAAACUAUGAAUUGGGAAGAACUGUUCCCUCCUACUUUUUAGCUUCAUGGAAUUACAACAUUUUAACUUGAGUGUUUCUAUGCCAACAUGCAGAAAUCAGCUGAUUUUGCUGUUGGCCUCUAGUGUCUUUGCCUUUUAGCAAUACUGUCCCUUUUUGCAAAUCACCCCUCUGCUUGAUGCAACAUAUGCUUAAUCCUAUAGCCCUACCCAAACCGAACCCAGCCAAUCACAAGAGCCAAUCCCCGGAUUUCAUCAGCUCUCCGGGUUUUCCAGGCUGCCCGUGUCUCGUCCCACUCACACUCUCUGUCAGAGCGCGGCGUUGACAGCCACUGGCCACUGAGCAGCCCACUCUGUCGGGGUUUGUGUCUCCAUGCAAGACUGCUGAAAAAGAAGCUCUUACUCUCCUUUUCUUUUCUUUGCAAAGGCAAACAGAACAACAAAGCCCGUGCACGGCCAAGGAAGCACAACAGGUGACAAAAAAAAAAGCCUCCAAGUCAUUUUCUAGACUCAUCACUGUCUCUCAUCUCCCCUGCACAAUGUCUGGAGAGGACGCACCUGCCCAGCAGCAAAACGCCGUGGACCAGAAGCAGGAGACCAAACCCGCCGAGGAGCCCAAAGCUGAGCCUCCCAAGACGGACUCGGCACCCGCAGGCGCCGCUGAGGCAGAAGCCACCCCCGCGGCGACCACCGAGAAGGCCCCCGAGGAGGAGACAUUCACGUACCGCGCCCUGGUGCUCACCGGCCACGGCGGCUAUGACAAAGUGAAGCUGCAAGUGAAGAAGGGAAAGCCCACGCUAAAGGCUGGUGAGGUCCUUGUCAGAGUCAAGGCAUGCGGGCUAAACUUCGCGGACCUGAUGGCUCGGCAGGGGCUGUACGACCGCAUGCCAUCCCCGCCGGUCACCCCGGGGAUGGAGUGCUCCGGGCAGGUGGAAGCUGUGGGCGAAGAAGUCACUGACAGAAAAGUGGGCGAUAAGGUGAUGGUGCUGAACCGCUUCGGGCUGUGGCAGGAGGUGGCCGUGGUGCCUGCGAGCCACACCUUCCUCAUCCCCGAGGGCAUGAGCUUCGAGGAGGCAGCAGCCCUGCCCGUCAACUACAUCACCGCCUACAUGAUGCUGUUCGACUUUGGCAACCUGCGGCCAAACCAGAGCGUCCUCAUCCACGCCGCUGCAGGUGGAGUUGGCAUUGCUGCCACUCAGCUGUGCAAGACGGUGAAGGACGUGACUGUGUUUGGCACAGCCUCUGCCAGCAAGCACGAGACCAUCAGCGAAGGUGGAGUCACGCAUCCCAUCGACUACCGCACCAAGGACUAUGUGGAGGAAGUACGCAAGAUCAGUCCAAAAGGGAUGGAUAUUAUCCUGGACCCUCUGGGAGGAUCGGACACCCAUAAGGCCUACAACCUGCUGAAGCCUAUGGGCAAACUCAUCACCUAUGGUGCAGCUAACAUGCUCGCUGGCCAGAAGAAGAACCUGUUGGCCGUGGCUAAGAACUGGUACCAUCAGUUCUCUAUCCACACACUCAGCCUGAUCCAGGGGAACAAGUCUGUGUGCGGCUUCCACCUGGGCUACCUGGACGGAGAGAUGGAGCUCAUCACCCAGGCCAUGGGCACCGUCAUGGAUCUGUACAAGGACGGCAAGAUCAAGCCCCACAUCGACUCCACCUGGCACCUUGAGCAGGUGGGAGACGCCAUGAGAAAGAUGCAGGAGAGGAACAACAUCGGCAAAGUAAUCCUCACCACCGAGCCCAUGCCGGAGGAGGAGAAGAAGGAGGAGCCCAAGAAGGAGGACAAGAAAGAGGACAAGAAGAAGGAGGACAAGAAGAAGGAUGACAAGAAGAAGGACGAUGGUAAGAAGGAGGAGAAGAAGGACGACAAGAAGAAGGAGGAGCCCAAGAAGGAGGAGAAGAAGGAGGAGGAGAAGAAAGAGGAGCCCAAGAAGGAGGAGAAGUGAGAGGGGAGGGGAGGGAAAGUCGAGCAGACCAGCACAGAGUUUGCUCUGUAGGAGCAAAGGGUGGGGGUGCAGGGUGGAGGGGUGGAGGGGUGGAGGGUGGAGGGUAGGCAAGGAUAGGAGAUAGAAAGGUAGAUUUCAAUUUUAUCACUCCACUGUUGAUUUAUCAUCAUUCCCCCUCCACCUUAUCCUCAUGAGUCAUCAUUGGUCAUAAUUACUCCAGCCUAGCUCCGCCCCCUCUCCUCCCCUUCCCCUCCUGUUUUCUGGCCUUUAACAAAAAAAAAAUCUCCAAGCUCCAACUCUUUUGCAUUGCUAGAAAGAAACAGAUGCAUAAUUAGAUCGAUUUGUACCUCUCGGGAGCCGCAGAGGAUUGUGGGUACGAGCGAGACUGGGACAAAUUACUGUUUCCAUGAUCCCCGCUCUCACUCCGACUCCACCCUUACUCCUCCGCAAUUCAACUCCCACUGUGCUAAAUUGUUCUGCUCUGACUUCCACCUGCCACCUCCUAUCCUCCCCUCCUCAUCACUGUGCUGAGUCCACCUACCACACCACCCACCCACCUACACCCCCCACCCACACCACUACCACCACCACCACCAACACCAACACCAACCCCAGGCCGGACCCACAGACAGGCACAAAAAGCGGCGAAUAAGCGGAGAACCACACCCACCCACACACGUUGCCCUCUUAGUGUCCAGUUAUGUCACUGAAGGAUGAGUCAGAGAAGCCUUUGAUUGGCUGAUGUCUCCCCCCCCACCUCUGGAGAUAUUCACAUCACUCUUUUGACCGUGACGUUUGCUCCGAGUCUUAACGCUACAAAGCCUAACUUUGUUUAGCUCGGUCCACUCUCUGGGAAUCAGCGUUCCCAUCAAAUAUCAGCCGCAGUUUUCGCCUGAAUAUGAAUUUCCCUCAUAAUGAGCCUUUCUGUGGAGCGCUGAAUAGGGAGGCAGAAAUCAUUGCUCAGCUUCCUUCUCCUUAGUUACAGAUUUUUCUAGCUGACCAACUGUUGGCAAGAAGUGCGCUGUGCCAAUUAAGAGAGAAUUUGUUUCUGUUCAAACAAGCCUCUCACACACACACACACACACACACACAAACAUACACACUGUGAAUGUGAUGAAAGGGGCACUGUCACGCUGAGACAGUGAAGCGUCUGAAAUGAGCGAGUUGAGAAGGUGAAUACCGCUCGUUUUUUUCUUCCUCCCUGAAUUCCAUGGCAUUCUGCUCCUUUCACAGCGUCUGCCGGCCUGUCGAUCACCCUGACCUGAGAGGGGAGGAUUCAAUUCAAUUUGGCGUCCAUACUUCUUCGCCUCCCCUGCUUCUCUCUCGCCCUCCUCUAUCCAUUUCCCUCUUUAUGGUCGGCAUAGCAACAGGCGUCAGCCUCGUCAGAGGAGGCACUGUGGCCUUCUUCUCUGACUCUCUCCCUGCGUCUCUCUAUUCUUCCUCCCUGAGUCUUUAUUUGACAGCACUCAUAGUUCCAGUGUUUCAACAGGUGCACGACGUAUGAAGGAGCUCUAAUGACGAGGGGAAGUGAGUGCAGCCAUUCGCCCAAACCAGUGAAGAAUUGAACUCAAGUAUUGACAAUGUGUGCUGGUUAAAGCAGCACACCGCUCCCCCUAAUGGCCAGUAUGAAUUCAGCUCACUGGUGUAAAUUCAUUCUGGUAUAAUCCCCAGUAUUUCAUCACUAAUCCCCCCGGGUGGACUCUAAAUCUUUCAAGUAGGAGGAUCUCGACUUUAAACCUCGCACUAAACCUGACAUUUAUCUACCUGCCCCCCCUCCCCCCCCCCCCCCCACACACACACACACACACACACACAAACACACGCCUGUCUGUGAGCCCGGCCUCAGCGUUCAGACUCAGAUGGUGACUAGUGACUUUGUAAAAAACAAAAGUAAAAUUUUUGGAAAAAAAAAAAGAUAAAAGUUGUUGUGUUAGCAUGAGUGGCCUCCCUCAUGUGCUGUGUGUGGUGUGCCAUUGUGUGUGAAGAUGUGUGUGUCCUCAGGUCGUCUGUCAGGUUUUAAAAAGCACCUGCUCCUUACCCUCUCCCCCCCUACACUACCCUGCUACAGUAUAAUGUAGCUCCAACCCCACCCUCCUUCCUUCCAUCCCUUCUUCCUCCACCCUUCCCUCCUGUCUGAUAAAGAGGCCUGUGUUACGAGGACCGUUGGUAUUAGUAUUUUGCACUCUGCUCGCUGAUCUUAAUGCACUUACGAGCAUGGCAGUCGCACUCCAGUCCCACCCAGGCUUUGAUUCUGCUCCAGGUUUGCAGCCAUGUUUCCCAUCAUGCACUCCCAGUGUAUCUGCUGAAGCUCACUGAAAGCACAGGUGGCACACACACAUAGAAACACACACAUACUCAUGUCCCUGCAUGGCCAACUUCUCCUGGGUGGCAGCUAAAAUCAAAGCAUUCAUCCAUCCUUGGCGGUUGGAGGUAAAACGUGGAGGCAGGCUGAGCGGACCGGGCUGGAGUGCGACCACCACGCUGGUGUGGGGAGUGACUGUGUCCUGUCAGCCUCUGGUUAGUGUUCUGUUCUAAUCUGCUGGGCUCCCUUUGUGAACCUGUGGACGGUGCUUCUGUUUCCGAGUGCCAUGUGAGAAACAAACGCUUCAGUAAAAAAAUAAAAAGGAUGUUUUACUUAAUAUGUUAUUUUAAUUUUACCUUUAUAUUUCUGUUUGUUUGUUUGUUUUGUUAUCCAAGGGUUUAAAGCUCAAAGCUCAUGCUCUUUAUGUGGGGACCUGCCAGCCUGCACUCCUUUUAAAUGUGAUUAUCUGUUGGUCUGAACCAUGUGUGCCAAAUUGUAUGUAUAUUCCUCUGUCAAUGCUUUGAAUAUCAACAGUGCAUAAAGGAUAUGAAGAAAGUUAUGUUUUUAGAUGCAUUUCCAUCGACCUUGAGGUAAAAUGAAAACACAAAAGAGUCGUCACAGUGUGUCUGGUUUGUAUCCCAAACUCUCAUGGGUGCUGGUGGACUUUUUGCUGCAGUUUACAAAAAGUUGAACACAGUUUGUAGUCUUUGAUUGGUCGCAGUCUCACUGUGCCUCUCUCCUCGCUCGCAGCUAACCUCGAUCUGAGGCACCUCACUCCAUAUUUCAAUCCUUUUCACUGUGUUGUACCAGCUCUCACAUCGAGUCAACAGCAAAAGGCUGAUUCCUCAGAAGUGUUUACAAUCAUAGUAUUAGUAUCACAGGAAAAAAUGGAAUAUGGACAAUGCAAACAUCCACCAAAAGACAAAACGGUUUUCACUAAUUUUCAAAAAACCCUCCAAAUAUAAAAAUCCAUGGCAUUCCUCUCCAUGGAUUUCUCCUUCUUCAGUUUGUUUCCAGUUAGCUUGUAUGUAAAAUGAGGGAGCAGAUGUUUUCACACAGCUGCGCAGGGAUGCUGAUGCUGUAACACAGCUGCACAAACCCCCAGCUUAUUGGCUGAUCGUAGCUCAGCCCUGGCCUCCCCCAGACGCAACAUUUCCGGUUUACAGCUGAUCUCAGUUCACUCAAGGAUUAUUCGAGACGUUCCUCUUUUCCUGUGCUGCAUCCGCAGAGCCUCUUGGCCGGUUCAGCAGUCGCAGUCCAGCAGCAGCCGGCCAAAAACUCCUCUCCAUUUCCCCCACUCUCUCACUCCACACACAUUCAUUCAAAUCAAACAUUACUAUGACAUCUGGAAUUUGAAAUUGCAUGCAUUCAUCCACAUGUGGAAAACAGAUUAUGAUCUUUGUCUUUCUCACAAGAUUUCCCUUGGUUCUCUGGAGCUAUAAGAUGCCUUUGAGAUGAACUCAAUCAGUUGGGUGGAUGGCUUUCUGCCUCAGAGCACUUCUAUUACAGUGAAGCUGAAGUGAAUGUCAUCUGUAAAUGGUUUCCCAGUCAUUCCAGACACUUAUGCAAGAGUACUUAGCAACUCAAAGAGAUGCACAGGAGAAAAACAGUUUCAAAGUAACAACAAACACAGAAAAGCUGAAUGUGUUCAGUUUUAGAUUAGAUAAGACUGAUAGACACUCAUAGUUUUAGAGGAUAAGAAUGCACUAAGACAAUGAGUGUAGUAUUUCCUAUAGCUCCUCUUCUGUCUGUCUUGUCCUGUACAGCUGAUGUCCCUCACAGGCACCCACCGUCCAGCUUUGAGGUGAAUUUCUUUCUGUUUUAUGGUUUCUCAGGUCAUUCCAAACAGCAGUUUUCUUCAUGUAAGAAACCACACAUCGUUCUGUUUCACUGCACAAGCUGUCACACCAAUUUUCCUGCGCACCUUCCAUGUUUGAUGCAAGCUUUAGUAUUCUGAGUCAGUGGAUAAUGUCCCUGCUCAGAGCCACUGUGUUCACUCAUCUACACUGAGAACCCAACAACUACAUCCACUUGCAGCUACUGUCCUGUUACUGUUUUCUUUCUUUUUUUAAGGUAUCGCAGCAACAUCAGAGAGAUGCUCUAAAAGUACAACCUGGCUGGGCUUGUCAUGUAUAGUAGUUUGAUGCAUGUUUAGUCAACCUGAAAUUAUAGCCUAUGUUUCUGUACAGCUUGCCGUCUCUCUCCAGGAUAGUCAAGUAGUCAUGUAGUGGUGUGGUGUGAGGGAGAAUGUCCUUCCAGUCGUAUAAAGUUGCCAACUGAAGCCAAUCCACUGCCCCUCGGUGCCACCUGAUUUCCUGUCCUCACUUUUUUGCAUUGGCACUGUCAUGACACACCUUGACCUAUCUCUGGGAAUGCUUCAGAAACUCACCUCACUUCCAUCCCUCCACACACCUCCAGCUAGAAAUUUUUCUACAAGGCAUACCCAACAGGUUGAUUUCCAUGCAACUUUUCCUCUUCUUUGUGUUUUUUUUUCACUCUCCUCAUCUCAACUUUGUUUUUUAAACCCUUUGAAUUGAUGCUGCUUCUGUGCUUGACUCUGGGUUUAUUACGUGGUGCCAUGUAGCCACAUGGCCUCUAGAGCUUGUAACGCUUCAGUGUGUAAUGUUACCAUAUGCCUUACAUGUUUUCCAGGACUAAUAAAAAAGCAUAACAAAAAUG